AGCGGGGGCUGGAUUUUUCUUUUCCUCUCACUGCGAAACUUUUCUGCUUCGCUGGAAGAGUGAGGAGCUUGCACCUCUUCUUCCCUGCCUGGGAUUCUUGCUCGUCUACGGAGUGGGGGAACCAAUACAAGGCUGCAUGUCCUUAAAACUUGUUUUUUUGGCUCCAGCUCUCAACAUGAAAUGGCUGAGUUACUAUGGGAUGUUAGUUCCAAACAUCUGACUUGCUUUUAAAGGUAGUCUAAGAACUGACUGGGCAUGGAAUCUGAAGUACUCUCAUAUCCUUGCCUAUAAGGAUCCCUCCAACCAUGGUUGAGGCACAGUGGCGAGGCACGAAGAAUAAAGGUGGAGAGGGCCUUUCCAUAGACAGAGAACCAGAUGAGAAAGAUGAUGGCUCUCCCCUGAAGCCCUGUGGGAAAGGAAGAAGGCUAACUGCUGAAGCGGUCUCCAGAGAAUAGAUUCUGGAGAACAGUGAUUAUUUUCCAGGCAUAAACAAGUAGGCGAAUGAUAAAAGAAACUACAGCCACUGGAGAUCGGUGUCUGCCAGCUGCCAUGGACAUAAGUCUCUCUGAACUGGUAGAAACCUCAGGCAACUGCACGCUGCUCUUGCUCUCAAAACAAACAAACAAAUCUUUGUGCUUCUCUGCUUCCAUCACAGAACUGACUUUGGUGCCGACCCAACAUUUCUGCAGACCCUAGUCCCCCCCAGAGAGGGCCGGGCAGCGGCGCAGCAUGCCCAGCGGGGUCAUGGAGAAAAAUCCCAGCAUGGAGCCCACCACCACGACGCCAUUCCGUGUCACGGGGUUUCUCAGCCGUCGGCUUAAAGGCUCCAUCAAAAGGACAAAGAGCCAGCCCAAGCUUGAUAGGAACAGCAGCUUCCGGCACAUUUUACCUGGCUUCAGGAGUGUGGACAAUGAAAGAUCCCAUCUAAUGCCGAGGCUGAAAGAAUCACGCUCCCACGAGUCUUUGCUCAGCCCCAGUAGUGCUGUUGAGGCUCUGGAUCUCAGUAUGGAGGAAGAAGUGGUCAUCAAGCCAGUUCACAGUAGCAUUCUGGGGCAGGACUAUUGUUUUGAGGUGACGACUUCAUCAGGAAGUAAAUGCUUCUCCUGUCGCUCUGCAGCAGAACGAGAUAAAUGGAUGGAGAACCUGCGGCGUGCCGUGCACCCAAAUAAGGACAACAGCAGAAGGGUAGAGAAUAUGUUAAAGUUAUGGAUUAUUGAAGCCAAGGACCUGCCAGCCAAGAAGAAGUACUUGUGUGAAUUAUGCCUGGAUGACGUUCUUUAUGCACGAACUACCUGUAAAUUGAAAACUGACAACGUCUUUUGGGGGGAGCACUUUGAAUUUAAUAACCUCCCGUCGCUCAAAACCAUUACGGUGCACUUAUACAAAGAGACUGACAAGAAAAAAAAGAAAGACAAGACCAACUUCAUCGGGCAGGUGAAUAUCCCCGUGGGCUCCGUAACAGGGCGGCAGUUUGUGGAGAAGUGGUACCCUGUCAUCAGCCCCAACCCCAGCAAGGGCAAGUCCGCAGGGCCUAUGAUCCGCAUCAAGUCACGCUACCAGAGCAUGAGCAUCCUCCCCAUGGAGAUGUACAAGGAGUUUGCCGAGUACAUCACUAACAAUUACAUGGUGCUCUGCUCAGUGCUGGAGCCUGCGUUGAGUGUGAAGAACAAAGAGGAGAUGGCCUCUGCACUGGUCCAUAUUCUGCAAAGCACUGGGAAGGCCAAGGAUUUCUUGACCGACCUCAUGAUGUCUGAAGUUGACCGCUGUGGAGAAAAUGAGCACCUCAUUUUCCGAGAGAACACGCUGGCCACGAAAGCCAUCGAGGAGUACCUGAAGCUGGUGGGGCAGAAGUACUUACAGGAUGCCUUAGGGGAGUUCAUCAAAGCUCUGUACGAAUCAGAUGAAAAUUGCGAGGUGGACCCCAGUAAGUGCUCAUCCUCGGACCUUCCUGAACAUCAGAGCAACCUGAAAAUGUGCUGUGAGCUGGCCUUCUGUAAAAUCAUCAAUUCUUACUGUGUCUUCCCAAGGGAACUCAAAGAGGUUUUUGCUUCGUGGAGACAAGAGUGCAGUAACCGUGGCCGGCCAGACAUCAGCGAGCGGCUCAUCAGUGCCUCCUUAUUCCUCCGGUUCCUCUGUCCAGCCAUCAUGUCCCCCUCCCUCUUUAACCUGCUCCAGGAAUACCCUGAUGACCGCACUGCACGCACUUUGACCCUCAUUGCCAAGGUCACACAGAACCUCGCCAACUUUGCCAAGUUUGGCAGCAAAGAGGAGUAUAUGUCCUUCAUGAAUCAGUUUCUGGAACACGAAUGGACUAACAUGCAGCGAUUUCUAUUGGAGAUUUCCAAUCCAGAAACCAUCUCGAACACAGCUGGCUUUGAAGGCUACAUCGACCUGGGCCGGGAAUUGUCCACUUUGCACUCUCUACUGUGGGAGGUCAUUUCUCAGCUCGAGCAGGGCACUGUAACAAAACUUGGGCCCCUGCCUCGGAUUCUGAGGGACGUCAACGCUGCGCUCAGUAACCCAGCGUGUGUGCAGGUCUCCGUCACAGCUGACCAUACUGCAUCGACUCCAAAUGCUGGCAACAGCAUCUCUGCUGGGCUACAGAAAAUGGUGAUAGAGAAUGACUUAUCUGGUCUGAUAGAUUUCACACGGUUACCGUCUCCGACCCCUGAAAACAAGGACUUGUUUUUUGUCACAAGGUCUGCUGGGGCUCAGCCCUCGCCCGCCCGAAGCUCCAGCUACUCGGAGGCCAAUGAGCCUGAUGUGCAGAUGUCCAAUGGCAGCAAGAGUUUGUCCAUGGUGGACUUGCAGGACAAUCGGAUUUUGGACAGUGGGGCAAAUGCACCUGGGGCCGCGGAUUCCCUCAAUGACAGUCAGUCGUCUGUCGGGCAGUUACAGGGCAUAUGGACCGCACGAACUCAGCAGAACAACGUGACUGGCAUGGCCACGGUGCGCAGGCUAGGCCAGACCCCCACCACGCCCAAUUCUGAGAGCGCGCCUGGCAGGCCCCAGCUUUUAGCACCUUUAUCAUUCCAGAACCCGGUGUACCAGAUGGCGGCCGGGCUCCCGCUGUCCCCCCGGGGCUUGGGGGACUCUGGCUCUGAGUGCCACAGCUCCCUAAGCUCCCACAGCAACAGCGAAGAGCUGACGGCCAACAAGCAUGGCUUCGUCAACCCUGCUGGGAGCGAGGACUUCACCCGGCGGACGGGGGAGCUGGCCCGCCGGCAGCUCUCUCUGACAGAAAAAGGUGGCCAGCCCGCCAUGCCCCGGCAGAACAGCGCCGGCCCCCAGAGGCGGAUAGACCAACCGCCACCUCCCCCGCCGCCGGUCACCAGGGGCAGGACGCCGCCCUCGCUGCUGAACACAGUUCAGUACCAGAGACCUUCCAGCGGGAGCAUGAUGUCCUCCUCACCCGACUGGCCGGGCAGCGGGGCCCGCCUCCGGCAGCAGUCCUCCUCCUCUAAGGGCGACAGUCCAGAGAUGAAGCCGCGCACCAUGCAGAAACAGGCCCCUUCUCCUGUGAACCCCAAUGCCCUGGACCGCACUGCCGCAUGGCUUUUGAAUAUGAACAUGCACUUUUUAGAAGAUGAAAGCAUUGACCCAGAUUCCAAGCACAGGGAUAAGCUCAGGAAUAAGGACGAGCUCAGCCAAGCAGAAAAGUACCAGCAGGACCUGGUGGUGCUGCAGGACAAGCUCCGCAUCUCCAACAAGAAGCUGGAGGAGUAUGAAAACAGGUUCAAAUGCCAGGAGGAGACAACCCAGAAACUGAUGCUGGAGUACCAGGCCAGGCUGGAGGAGAGCGAGGAGCGGCUCCGCAGACAGCAGGAAGAUAAAGAGAUCCAGAUGAAGGGGAUCAUCAGCAGAUUGAUGUCGGUCGAGGAGGAAUUAAAGAAAGAUCAUGCAGAAAUGCAGGCGGCAGUGGAUUCCAAACAGAAGAUUAUUGAUGCCCAGGAGAAACGUAUUGCUUCACUGGAUGCGGCCAACGCACGGUUAAUGAGUGCCCUUACUCAGCUGAAAGAGAGGUACAGCAUGCAGACACGUAACGGGAUCUCCCCCACAAACCCAACUAAAUUACAGAUUACAGAGAACGGAGAAUUCAGAAACAGCAGCAAUUGUUAACCCGCGGAGGGAGCUGCUGCAGGAGAGGAGGCCUGGCCUGAAAGACUGCGCAGCAGCAGGGGUGAGCCGUGCUUCAGAGAAUGGCUGCUGUCUUUCCCCCCCCACUCCCCAAGGAACCAGCUCCUUACUGCAGACGGCGCACUUGACUGCUCCUUGGUGGGAGACGCCAACGCCAGCAAGUUGAGGGGACCAAAAGACCGAGUUGUGUGAAAUGUGUGGCAAAAGGAGAGCUCUGUAUGCGGGGGGGAUUGCUGUCACUGGUGGAUUUAAGUCAGUGUUUAAUGUUUAACCUUUUCCUUCUCCAACUGCCCCAAGGACAUACCUCACACUCCUCCUGGCCCAUGAUAAUGGCCUUGGCGUGCCAGUAAGCAAAAUAAAGGAGUCUGGGAAAGCCUGCGCCAGGCCCACUCAGGCUAGUUAAAGUGUGUUCAGUGGUGGGUUCCUGCGGGUAAACGCUCAGUGGAGGAGGAGAAUGUAUCGGUCUGAAACCCACUUAGUCUAAUUCCAGCCCUGGUCAGGAAAUGCUCUGCCAUGGCACUUGGUUUGCUCGGUGGGUCAUUCUGUGUAGCUUCAGGUCGGGGUGGCCGCAGCACAUCGCUCCUGUGCACCGCUUGGAGCGUGCUCCAUGCACUGGUCCCUGCACAAGCACCUUUCCCCCGGCCUUGUGCAGUAAGAGAGGUUUCCUGGGCCACUCUCAGUCUGACGCUCACCCAAGGGAACUGGUGUUUGAAUGAAAUCCGAGUGACUCAGGAGAGCAGGGUCUGAAGAGCAAGGACAAAGCUCGCUAUGUGUGCGGGGUGGGAGCCAAAGGAAUGCUGGCACAGAUCAUAGAAUCAUAGAAUAUCAGGGUUGGAAGGGACCCCUGAAGGUCAUCUAGUCCAACCCCCUGCUCAAAGCAGGACCUAUUCCCAGUUAAAUCAUCCCAGCCAGGGCUUUGUCAAGCCUGACUUUAAAAACCUCUAAGGAAGGAGAUUCUACCACCUCCCUAGGUAACGCAUCUAGGUAUCCCUAGAUAGACAACAGGGCAGGUCACCUGGGAGGAGAGUAAAUAGCACUUUAGCAAGAAUUGCUGGGCUAAGCAGUGUCGCAGCAAGUGUUACCUCUGUAGGAGUCCGGCGCUCCCGGGAGAGUCCAUGCAUAUUACACCUACGAUGGCACCUUGCAGCAAGAGAACAGCUCUCUGUCUUUGCUUUACUUUUUGCCAACCUACCAGUCAGACGCCAAGCCCAGUGCAGCUGGUGCAGGCUUGUGUCCAAGGCAGCGGGACUGUUGUACGCCAGCAGAGAAGGGGAGCUGGUGUUCUAGGGAUGGUGUCUUUAUUUCUAGGUGGAGUUUCUUCUUGGCAAUCUAAGGAGGGGAGGGAGGGGCAUGUUACCUUGUCACAAAUCUAACACAGUGAAACGUUCCACAUGAGUAGCAUCCCACUAAACUUCCUGCUAUUGAACACAGCAAAUAUCACGUCCACUCAGCUCACCCAGCUGCUUAGCGGUUGGGUUGUGAAGUGUGGGUUACUAGCCAAAAAUCAUGCCGAAAAAUGUCUUGAAGCCCCAUCACGAUUCAGGGAGUGGAAUCAGUUUUACACCAGCAUUUGUUUAGGAUGUGGCUGCUUGCUCAGAAAAGGAAGGGUUAUUUGUGCGGAGGGGGUGGGGGUGCUAUAUGCAAAGGUGUGUGCUAAACAUUCAAGAAAAAGAAAAACCCUGAAGAAGCAUGAAGAUUGGUAAUUAUAUUUCUUUUCUUUCACAGUAUGCAUUAGAAAAAAAUACAGCCCAUUUUCUGGAAUACUGUCCUCUUUAAAUUGGGAAUGAGCACUGCACGGAAAUUAACAGCCUCGAAGAAUGUAAAACAUGGUCAUAAGGGAAUAACCAACAAGAACAGCAGCAGCCACCGAAAUUCCCAUGGUCAGGAGGCACUGUGCAGACAUAAGCCAGGAUUAGACUUUCCUAACUGCUGAAACAAGUAGAUUCGGCACAUUCAGACGUGUGUUGCUCAGCGGAGGGGCCAUCUCCUUAGAGGGGGAUUAUGCCACUGACCUGCUGCCAGUGCAGGUUUUUUUGUUUUUGUUUUUUAAAGUUAGUCCUUCUUGAUUCCCAGUCUCAGAACAGGUCAUUAAUACGGAGACCCAGAGAGAUGGUUUCUCUGAGACAUGGAUGCCACUGUACAGUGUAUAGGACAUCUGCCUAUUCCGCCCAUUAGGAGCACAUACUUGCUGUAUGCUUAUCCUAGUUUGCCCAGUGCCAUGUUUAAAUGUACAGUCAGAAGGGACUAGGAUACUGAAUUGUGCUAGGCUUAGGUCCCAACUCCACAGUAUCUAGUCUGUGCUAGCAGGACACUGUUUGCAUUUCUCUGUUGUCCUGCCACCGCAAAUCCUAAAAAGAUUCACUGUGGAGGGGAUUAUUUUAAAGUUAAAGCUGCUUUUUUCUAAAAGCUUCUCUUCCACGGAAGCCCCAGCCCAGGUCACAUAGGGCUGCAACUUCUGCAGCUCCGGAUCUUGGAUGGUUGACGGCCUGUCUGCGCUCGAAGCUCUCCACACGCAAGGAAUGCCGUCCCAUCUCUUGAUUUAAAUUCACAGUGUGGCGUGAACGUAAGACCAAAAAGAGGAGCUCCUCAGAGCCAAGUGACCACUGAAUAUUGGAGAAUUAGCACAAGUGGCUUUGAAGAAGCUCACAAAACUGACAGCCCCUGGAGAAAGACCCAGACAGGUUAGGCGUAUACAGGGUACUAUGAACAAUUUGGUACAUACGCUUACACCCGCCUUUGUCUCAGUGUCAAAUACCUUUACAGAACCCUGCAAAAAAAGACUCUUUUUAAGCAGCUGGUGCCUGGAGAUGUACUUUUAGCUCUGGUUAUUUUUUUAGGGUCUGAAAUAUUCCUCCUAUGAAAGAUGGAAGCUGUUUCACUUAGAAUGCUAGGAAGGAGUGGUGGAAGGGUGCCCUAGCAGGGACUGAUUUCCAUUCUUACACGGAAACUUCAGGGAACUGUUUUUGGAUGCAAAUUCAGUGCUUGCCCUAAGAACUGGCAGGGGGAUCCCCGAAACAAUUGUCUAUUUAGUACUGAAGCUAAGUACCAUACAUCUUAACCUACUCCUCAGCCCUGAGCCAAUCCAUUGCUACCAAAACUUUUUAGGGACUACAUUACGAACUCUUGGUUAACACCAAAAUCUCAGUUAAAGCAUGCACGGUGUGCUGCUGGUGUAGCAGAAAAACCUAAACCCUUCCACGGGGAGUUAUUUAAAAACUAACAUUUCCGGAUCUGACACCUUCUGAUCUGUAGUUUCCUGAGCCAGUAUGAAAAGGAACUCAGUCCCAGAAGAAAUCUCUUCUUUGUAGAGAUGUCCCCUAAAACAUGGGAUCCAGAUCUGGAGGUUUGGUUCAGGCCCAUCUCUUAGUGUGUUACUUCAGUUUGUGGUUUUGUUAUUUAUGAGCUGCACACCAGUGGGGGGGGGUGUGAGUGCAAUUCCUGUCCUCAAGCCUGGUGUUUCGCAUAGCAAUACCAGAGACAAUUUGCAGAGGUGUUCCCAGCAACAGAGAGUAAAACAACCACUCUACUGACCAUCAUGCGACCUGCUGUUUUCGUUCUCGUGCUUUCUGCGACAAGAGCCUAUUCUAGUGCAAAAACUGUAACUGUGUAAACAAAACAAACAUUCACAGAUUUUUAUCUUAAUGCAAGUCUUACAAUUUUUUGUAUAUGUUCUUGGUGUUUGACUGUAAUGUACCUAUUCACCUAACAGUUGUAUAUAGUAAUUUACUUCUGGUGCUGCUUAUUUGGUCAGGAGUUGAGUGUCUCUACCGCUGGUUUGUUUGGGUUUUUUUGUUUUGUUUUUAAACAGAGGUGGGCUCAAGUAAGCAAAUUCAGAUCUGGGUUCAGAUUUCAGCUGCCCCUUGGGGGCUGGGAUGGAUCCAGGGUUUUGAUUUGGGGUGAUGGAGAGAAAACGUGCGAGGCGUUGGGGUGUGAAAUAUCCCAUGGUUGCUGCACGCUAUAAAUCUAAUACAGUGGGGGUUGUGCUUUAAGUUCAGAGCCAGAAGCUCCAGGGAGACUUCCUACCAACUACAAUAGUUUAGGAACCAACCGCUUCCCCCCCCCCCCCCAAUCUAUUAAGCAGAAAUGCCCUCCACCCAAACAGGUCCUUGGAAGUCUGCACUCUGUCCCUUCAGCAUUGUGGUUUUUGCUUGUCCCUGUUAGAGCAUUCCUGGAAUUGUGAGCAGUGUCUUGGCUCCCCGCUUUAGGACAGCUGUGUAACGUACUGCCAGAUGCAGGACACACCGAGUUAUGCUGGAAUCCAUAGACUGGAGGUUUCCCCAGGCACACUGUAGGGAUUUGCUGGACCUGGGUGACAAUAGCUGUGCUUCGUCAGUUCCACCAAGCUCAUUACCCUCCACUGAGAAAGCACCAAGCAAAUGUACAGGGGGGGACAACCCUGCACUGAUCUCCAGGGCCUGGCCUCCCCCCAGGUCACCUCUGGGUCUCUUCCAUCCCUGUUCUGGCAUGCUGCAGCCCUGCCCCAAAAGGGGCUGUAUUCAGGGUGAGCUGGGACUCCGACUCCGCCUGUCUAGUCCUGGCCUCUAAAGUGAGUGCGGCUGCUGCUGUUCCCUAGUUCCCAAGCGAUUCCUUGAACUGCCCCAGAAGGGAGACCGUUCACUUCUAGCCAGAUACUGUGUCUGCGCGAAUGGCCCCCCACCUGAUGGGUCAGCUACGGGCCCCCUUGUGUGACUGCUGGGCAGAGAAGCGUUGUCAUUUUCUGUUCUUGGAGGGGGAGUAUCUAAUUUGGGCCAGAGAGGAACCUGUUCGUCUGCUGAGCAGAGGCUUUACAGCCCAUGGACAGUCCACAACAAUCCUCAAAUGCUGGCGCUUUGGAGCAGGGUUUUGGUUUCGCUACUUGACUUUCACAGGUAACGUGAGGUGUGACAUUGCUGUAAAUUUUAUGUGGUUCUGCAUCAACUAUCGGUACCCAAAGUGCAGUCUCCAUGGUCCCAUAUUCCUUUAUCAUCCAUCACUGUGUCUUAAGAUAUACCUCUCUCUGUAUAUCUGCUUAGGCUGAUACUUGUUCCUGAUGAGCAGUCGCUAUGUUUUAUAUCCUCUUAUGACGAAAAAAAACAAACAAAAAACCUUUUUUGUAAGUAUGUUUAAAAAACAAAGCGAAGUGGAAGUGUUUGCUGAAACUCCUUCAGCCUCUUUUAAACUAUGUAAUAAUGUACAGAGAAAGUUGUUGGUGUUCAAAGAGAUGAUGUGGACGUGCAAUUUCUGUACAUUUGCAAUUAGAAAUAUUAAAGAUUUAUUUAGCUAUUUUA